AUGGUGGUCUCACAGCACGCCAUGCACCGCUCGGGCUCGCUCAAGCGACCCACGGGGCAGAAGCCGACCGCACCCACCAUCUCGAUUCCGCAACCGCCAGCACUCUCCGAGGGCCCGACAUAUCCUCCAUCCGACUACUUGGCCGACAGUGCCGAGGCAGGUCCAUCGCGGCCAAAGGCCAUUCCGCGGCGCCCCGUCCUUUCCCGACGCAGAACAUCGAAGAAGGACUACGUGCAUCCGUACUUGUCCGGCAACUUUGCGCCCGUCACUACCGAAUGUCCGCUUACAGACUGCCUGUACGAAGGCACCAUCCCGGAGGAAUUUGCAGGCAGCCAGUACGUGCGUAACGGCGGCAAUCCUCUAGCGAAUUCGGAGCUGGACAGGGACGCACACUGGUUCGACGCAGACGGCAUGCUCGCCGGCGUGCUCUUUCGGCGCACGCCGGACGGCUCCAUCCAACCGUGCUUCUUGAAUCGCUUCAUCCUUACCGACCUGCUACUCUCGACGCCCGAGCACUCUCGCCUCCCCUACUUGCCGAGCAUCGCUACGCUGGUCAACCCGCAUGUCGGGUUGCUUUGGCUCAUGCUCGGGAUUCUCCGCACUUUUGUGCUCACCGUGCUCACCUGGCUGCCAGGGCUCGGCCUGCGAAGCGAUCAGAAGCUGCGCCGCAUCAGCGUGGCCAACACCAGCGUGUUCUGGCACGACGGCAAGGCGAUGGCGGGCUGCGAGAGCGGGCCGCCCAUGCGUAUCAUGCUUCCUGGCCUCGAGACUGCCGGCUGGUAUACGGGCGAGGACGAGGAGCCCAGCACCGUCGACAAGGCUGCGGAAAAGAAGCGCGGGAAAGCAUCCGAGGGAUUCGGAGGAGGACCGCCGAUCGUGAGCAUGCUGCGCGAAUUCACCACUGCGCAUCCCAAGGUCGACCCGCACACGCAGGAGCUGCUGCUGUACCACAUGUGCUUCGAGCCGCCGUACCUGCGCGUCAGCGUGAUUGCACCCGCCGAGGUCGUCGCAAAGAAGAUGCCGCCGCAGGCCAAGACGAUCAAAGGACAGGCGGUGCGCGGCCUCAAACAGCCCAAGAUGAUGCACGACUUUGGCGCCACACCCACGCACACGGUGAUCAUCGACGUGCCGCUCUCGCUCGACUUGAUGAACCUCGUGCGCGGCCGACCCAUCCUGCACUACGACCCGGCUCAGCCCAUCCGCUUUGGCGUCAUGCCAAGAUAUGCACCUGAGCAGGUGCGUUGGUUUGAGAGCGCAGAGGCAUGCUGCGUCUACCACACCGCCAACAGCUGGAACGACGACGGCAAGUUUGGGGCCUCGCGUACAGAGCUCGUCGAGCCCACCGAGGCUGGACGAUCUGAACCGACCGGGAUCAACAUGCUCGGAUGCCGACUCAACAGUGCUACCCUAGUGUAUUCGGCAGGCAACUUGUUGCCGCCAUCGCACGUGCUGCCGCCACCGAACUGUCCCGAAAAGUGCCAGCUUUACUACUGGCGGUUUGACUUGGAGGAUGUAGACGCCGAGCGGAUCAGCCACGAGUUUGCGCUAUCCGAGGUGCCGUUCGAGUUCCCAACGAUCAACGAAGAAUACGCCAUGCGGGACGCACGAUAUGUGUACGGCACCAGCAUGCGCGAUGGCACCUUCGAUGCCGGGCUGGGGAAAGCCGCCAAGAUCGACGCGCUCGUCAAGAUCGAUGCGCAAACGCUCAUUCGUCGAGGCAAGGCACUGUGGAGCCAAGGUCGAUUGGGGCCUGGUGACAGCGUCGACACGCGUAGCGUCGAGGAAAUCCUCGCGGCGCAGCGCGAUGGAUCGGGUGCUCCGGACGAUGCGAUCCGGAUCUUCGAGAUGCCUCGUGGGUGGUACGCGCAAGAGACGACGUUUGUUCCGCGCCGCUCGGGCGCAGGACCACACGAGGAGGACGAUGGCUGGUUGGUGUGCUACGUGUUUGACGAAGCGGCGGGCCUGCAUCCAUCGACGGGUGAGGUGCUGCCCGGAGCCACGAGCGAGCUGUGGAUCAUCGACGCGCGCGAGAUGAAGACGGUCGUGGCGCGCGUCAAGCUGCCCCAACGCGUACCCUACGGCUUACACGGCACGCUCUUCACCGAAGACCAAAUCGCCCAGCAGAACCCCAUCGACCCGGCCAAGAUCAGGUCGUGGGCGCAAUCGGUCACCCAUGCCGACCCCUUCUCGGCGUCGCAGCUCGGUUCCACACUCUGCACGGCACCCGGCAAAGCAGCUUCGUCCAAGUUCUCGUCAGCAAAGCACGUCUACGCCGCGUUCUUGGCAGAUCCACUUCACAUUGGCGCUUGGUGGAUCAAGCGCAAGAUCGAGCUGCUUAUCGCCUGA